UCGCGACCGCGUCCCUUCAGGUCCUUGAGUUUGAGUCGACUGGGGAGCUAUGGCCUUGAGGCUCCUGAAAUUGGUCCCGGCGCCGGCGUCCGCGCGUGGCCUCGCGGCUCGUGCCCAGCGCGUGGCCCAAAUUCAUACCAGCACACAGUGCAAGCUGCAGUAUGGGUCUUUGGCCUUCAUACUUGGUGAUAAGACAAGCAAAAAACUGACGGAAUAUAGCAAAGUGAUAACUGUAGACGGCAACAUAUGUUCAGGGAAAGGCAUGCUGGCAAAAGGAAUCGCAGAGACUCUAGGCUUGAAGCACUUCCCCGAAGCAGGAAUACAUUAUGUAGACAGUGCUACAGGCGAUGGAAAACCCCUUGAUGUGGAGUUUAGUGGCAACUGUAGUUUGGAAAAAUUUUAUGAUGACCCAAAAAGCAAUGAUGGCAACAGCUACCGCCUGCAGUCCUGGUUGUAUGCCAACCGCCUCCUGCAGUACGCAGACGCCUUGGAGCACCUGCUGAGCACAGGACAAGGUGUAGUUUUGGAACGCUCCAUCUAUAGUGACUUUGUCUUCCUGGAGGCGAUGUACAAGCAGGGUUUCAUCCGAAAGCAGUGUGUGGACCACUACAACGAGGUUAAGAAGGUCACCAUCUGUGAGUACCUGCCUCCACAUGUGGCAAUCUACAUUGAUGUACCUGUGCCUGAGCUCCAGAGUCGCAUCCAGAGAAAAGGAGAUCCACAUGAAAUGAAGAUCACUUCUGCCUAUCUCCAAGACAUUGAGAAUGCCUACAAGAACACCUUCCUCCCCAAGAUGAGGCUGCAGGUGGUAGAAGACAUUGAAUACCUCAAAUGUGACAAAGGCCCUUGGCUUGAACAGGACCGCACCUUCCACAAUCUGCGGAUGUUUGUUCAAGAGAAGUUGGACGUACUGAACUACACAACCAUCCCUAUCUAUCUCCCAGAAAUCACAAUUGGAGCUCACCAGAGUGACCGGGUCUUCCACAAAUACAGAGGGCUGCCGGGACGUAAGUACCGCCCUGGGUACAAUGCUGAUGUGGGUGACAAGUGGAUCUGGCUGAAGUGAAUGGUGUCCUCCACUCAGGCUGUGACACAGUGAUGAAGACGUCUCUGAUCUACCUGACUCAAGGGCUCCAUGGAGAUCUACAGUUAUGAGGGAAAAAAAGAAAACCCAAAUGUUCAGGAAAUUGCAUAGUAGAAGUGGCCUAGAAAAAGCAGUCUACCCUGUGUGUCGUUAAUGGAUUUGAAAGAAUCAACUCAAUUUUAAAAGUUUUGGAACUUUGGAACUUUACUUUAGAAUCAUCCAUAAUUAUCACAGGAAAGGAAAAAAAGAAACAGGUCUGCUAAUAAAAGACUGGACUUACUAGAAGUAUGUCAUCUUACCACAGUGGCUGUGUCACACGGCUUUUAGUGCUGUUCUCCCAACUUCAAGAAAUAAAGCCAACUCUGUGCAACUCCUCUCUUGCAUCUGCACCUGUUGUCCCCUCUUUCAUGCCACCAUGCUCAGCCACUGUGUCCCCCUUUAUCCCAGCUGAUGCAUUUUGUUUAAUUCAGAUGUAUCAUAUUGAAUAGUUUUUCUCUCUGUUUUAGCAAUGUACAUUGGCAAAAAGAAAAAAAAAGUAAAAGUUACAAAAAGAGGAGGAAAUCACCAUAGGCUUAUGGAACAAUGUAUUCUAGAAGGAAGGUUAGAAAAGGUCACACUGACAUCCUCAGUGGGUUUCCGACUCCUUCUGAAAGGAGAGCUGAGCUGGGAAGGAAGGAGGGGGAGAGAGCGUGCAUGGGGGAGGGGAGCAUUGUGUCAGUGAGUGAGAUAAAACUCAAAGGAAAGUAAAUUCUGUUGCCCCGAAGGCAAGUUGCCAAUCAGAAAUGAGUAAUGAGAAGGAACACAUCUUGUUAAUCACCUCUGUUGAAACUUAGAAAUAAAAUUUGUGAAAGCGAGUUGCAGUUCAGCAUUUUUAUCCCAGACUUAGGCUAUAAGUCAUGAGCCCAUUAAAUUGUGAGUUUUCCACUGUGGAGCUCCGCUGUGUCCAUU